GCCAUGAAAUAGCCUCACGAGGGGAAGGCAUGAGAUCGAGAAGCUUAUAUUUGACGACUUUUUUCAUGUUUUGAAGACGAACAAUGGGUAGAUCAUAAACAGACAUUGUGCAGAACAAAUUGGGUAGCUCCAUGCUUAUAAUGAGAAAAGUGUGUGUAGAUCAACAAGGAAAGUGUUUAUUGAGGCAAGAAUGGUAAAGCUUUUUGAUUCCAGCUCUGUUAUCAAGUACACAUGGGACCAAGUAUCCUGUGCCCUAUGGCAGAAGUACCCUAACCCACACAGCAAGCAUGUGCUGACAGAGGAUGUGUUGUCCAGGGAGGUGCGAGAAGGCAAACUAUACACCAAACGUCUAUUGACAAAAACCAAUCGCAUGCCACGCUGGGGAGAGAGGAUUGUUCCAGGCCCCAGGAAUGUCUGCAUCGUGGAGGAGACUGUGGUAGAUCCUGACAAUAAGACCUUCAUAACCUACACCCGCAACAUAGCCAUGCGCAGGUUCUUGGCUUUGGAAGAAAAAUGUGUUUACUCUAUGGCAGGGGAAAGUAAGAAGUGGACAGAGUGUGAUAGAAAGGCCUGGCUCUGCUCAAGCCUCUUUGGUUUUUCUCGACCAAUUACAGCUUUCGGAUGUGAGAGGUACAAAAACAAUCUAAAGCGAGCAACAAAAGGUCUGGAGUUCACACUGGAGAGACUGUUCCAAACAGAUCCAGUUGCAGAAAAUGCAGCUUGUCAGCAAGUGUAUAGCAAAGACAAGUUCAGGGACACAGCAAGAAAGGCCACGGAGAUAGCCAAGGCAAAGACUUCACCACUUCUACAGACCAACUGAUCAGCCAUUCCCAACAACUCCCAUGCACCAAUUUCAUUUGGAGUCAGUCUUGAUUUGUUUGUCAACAUUUGAUUGUCCUGAAGCUGUGCUGUCAUGAAUUUUUGUUUUAAGAUUGUACCUUGUUACUUGUAGCUUUAGUGCUUGUUAUAUACAUGUACCUGCUUCCUGGUACCUUGCAAUUUGUAUAAAAUGUACAAGGCUGGCAAUGGGUUUUGGUGAAAUACACCAGAAUGCAUUUGCAAUUAUCUACCUUAAGGUUGAGGUUAAUAUUGCCUUUCACAGUGGUCGGAACAUAACUGAUAUGCAUUUUAUCACUUUUACAAAUCCUUUUAUUAUAAAAUAGUGCCAUAAUUGUAAAAAAAUGAUUCAAUAAGGAAGGAAUAAGGAAGUAAUGCGUAAUAGGUUUAGCAAAGAGUGCCAUUUCCUUGCUUGUAUGUUAAGAAAUUGUUUGUAUGCUUUGUUAACAGUAAACUAUCAUGAUCUCGCUAUUUACUGUCUUUGGAAAGACUUCUGUGUAUAUACUGUAUGUUGAAUGUUUGGGACAGGAUUUUCUUCUGGUAAGAUUGACUGCGGUCUGCUAAUAAGAUAUACAUGUAUAAAUAUUAGAUGACAACAUGAACUACAUGUACUUGUAUGCUGAAGCCUUUUAGGCUUUGUGCAGAUAUUGAAUGAAAAUGUGUCAUAAGGAAUUGAAAUGACUGAGACAAUUAUUGUAAAAAUAUAUGACCAUAGAGAAUACAAUUUUCAUUUUAAAUUGUUUAUCAUGUUAAUAAUCAUACAUAGAUUUGAAAGAACUACCUCCCUGUCAAAGUAGACAUUUAUGUAGACAAAAAAAUUCAAACAUGUCAUUAAUUUUAUUUUACAGAAGGUUUUAUUGGUUACUAUAAAUCUUCUCAUCUCUGGAAUUUGAAACCAAAAGAUGUAAAGAUGUACUGUUAUAGUUAGGAUGCGACCUUCACAACCGUAGGUGCUGCUUGUGUUUGUGGACCAGAUUGGUGCCUAAUUUCUCCACUGUGUAGUUAGCAGUGUUAUGCUUCUGUUAUAUACAUGGUUAAAUGUAGAAAAGAAUUCAAGGUGAGGAACAUACAACAUCUCUUUGAGAGGAAAAUACUUUAAGGCUUUUUAAUAUCUGAACACCUGUACUUUGCCAUUACCAGAGUAAAACAUUUAACCUAUUUGUUUUUUUUUUGGCUUUGUGAUUAGUUGUAGCAGUACACUUAUGUCUUUUAAUUUAGAACAGACAUGAAGAUGUGACUAAGGAUCGGCUGUGUU